GAAUCCAAAUGCGUAUUCCGUGCUCGUGUGCUCAUAUGCCGUGCCCCCGCGUGCGCCCAAGUGCCGCAUUCCCGCCUCCUCGUCAUCGCAACGCGGCAGCGGGAGAAAGAAAAAAAAAGAGCAGUAGCAGCAGCAAGCAAGCAAGCUAGGCAUGUAUCUGGGCUUUUGGGCCGCGAAGAAACGGGGAAUCUAUUAUGACCGCCGAGCGAUGUCAUCGUUCCCCUCCUCACCUCACCCUGUGUCGCUGCGUCAACAUGAUGCAAUGUCCAACGGCAGGGGGCCGAAAGAAACAUUGAACAGUUGAGCCUUUCUCUACACAACGCAUCUGAAGUCCCUAUUGAAGCCAUCCAACUUCGCUGUUGGAGACCAAUUAGUCCGCCUAACCAACCCAUCACGAACAAGCCAUCACCAUGGGUGAACCGUCUGUUGUCGUCGUACACAGCGACGGAGGCGAUCACAACACCGAUCAAAUUACCUCAACGAUCCAACGUGCUCUGCAGGAGAGAUCGAACCCUACUCCUGUACAGGAUGGCCCAUUGAAGCAGGUUCUUGCUCACCAAGACAGCCUCUACCACUACAUCAGCUGGGAGGAUCCGCUUCGCACGCUGGGAACAUACCUGGGCGCCUUGGGCAUUCUGUUCGGGGCACACUACCUGCCCUUCACUCAAUGGGCGCUCAAGGCCGGAAUGACUACUCUCGGAGUCGUGUCCGCGACCGAGUUCGCCAGCCGGUCCUUCAGCUCCGAUUCUAUUUCCACUCGUCUUCGCCCCAAGAAAUAUAAGACGGUGCCCGAGUCGACUCUCAACGCCACGCUGAAAGAUGUCCACGAUCUUAUCCAGUCGGGCGCGAUUCAAGCUCAGAAGAUCAUCUACGGCCAAGACCUUGAGAAGACUUUCGCCGCCUUUAUUGGGUUCGGUGCAAUCUACGUGCUGAUGCAGUUCCUCGCCCCAUUCUGGCUGGCCGUCCUGGCCUUGACCUCGGUCUUCAUCGCCCCUCUUGUCAACUCGCCUCAGGGCCGCAAGGUGGCCCAUGAUGCCACUGUGCGUGCUCAAGAGAUUGCCAACACCACCGGAGAGAUGGGGAAGGACCUCGCGCACACCAGCCAGGUCAAGGCCUCCGAGCUGUCUUCCAAGGCGCAGCAGGCUGCCUACGACGCCGGAAGGACGGCGUCGAACACGGCGCAGAACGGAAAGCAGACCGCCGCCGAUUUGUCCGCGAGGGCUAGGGACAAUGCUUCCAACCUCUCCGGGGCUGCCGCCCAGGGUACCAAGAACGCCGGCGCGAAUAUCUCGAACGCGGCGCAGGGUGGUCAGCAGACUGCCGCCGACUUGUCGUCCAAGGCCCGUGACAAUACGGCCGAUGCGUCUCGCUACGCCGGUGAGCAGGUCGGAGGCCUGCAGCAGGCCGGCGCGAACGCGCUCGAGAGUGCGCGGGGUUCCCUCGGAUCGGUUUUUGGCCAGGCCAAGCAGAAUAUUGGUGGCGAUUCGGACGGGAACUACACGCAUGAAUCUUCCCGCAACGCCUCGCACAGCAGAGACGGGACCACCGGCGAGGACUACUCCCGGGGCCAGUCUGGAGUCAGCUCCGACGGAUCGGCCAGCAACACGCACGACUAUUCUCACAAUGUCUCGCACAGCGGAGACAGAGCUACCGGGGGGGCCUAUCCCCGGGGUCAAUCUGGACUUAGUAACGACGGAUCAGUGAGCAAUGCGGCGCACUCGUCUCACAGUGUUGAGGCGCCUGUAAGGCUCUCUGCCGCUGAUGAGGUAAACAGGCGUGCUGUCUGAUCAAUGAAUAGUAUUGUAUUACUAGCUGUACUCAAUUAAUCUAUUUUAAUCGUAUUAUCUGCAAUUCAUGUCG